CCUCUUCAAGAGUAGGAGAGGCUGGUUAUGGACAGCAUCAAGAAAGGUGACCUUUCUGACUUCUUGUACCUAACCCACCGUAGCAUCCCGGUGAUGGAGGCUGUCAAUGGCAGCAGCAGUGACAUCAGUAGACAGAUCUUGGCCUCAGGGUUGGUGGUCCCAUCUCCAGCGACCGCUUCCUCUUCGCUGCCCAUGGUCUCCAGGGUAGCCUUCCCUCCAGCUUUUCUCCGGCCUUCUAGCUUGUUCUUGCGGGCAGCAGCCGUGGCGGCCGCCGGGAGUGGAGAUUGUUCCUCUGCUGCGGGGCAGGAGAAGAGGACCUUAGGCUGGACACCUAAGUGCGCUCGCCGUCGCAACCACGGGGUGUUGUCUGCACUUAAAGGCCACAAGCGAUUCUGUCUCUGGAGAGACUGUGCUUGUUCCAAGUGCACUCUGAUCGCUGAGCGACAGCGAGUGAUGGCCGCCCAAGUAACGCUCCGCAGGCAACAGGCUCAGGAGGAGAGCGAAGCCAGCGGGCUACAAAAAAUCCUCUAUUCCCGGCAAGUUGCAGAUUGUCGGGGAGACUGCGCGGUCUCGGAGUUUUCAAUUGCAGCAGGGGUAGGAUUGAGGGCUGCAGAGGGGCUAAACCUAAGUACUGGGGCUCUAUGGAGUCGGCUGGUUGCUUCCUUCGACAUUUUCCACCUAGAGUAUCUGGAAGUUAAAAGAGGUGAGUUGGUUUCCUCCUUGUUCAAGACCAGAUUUAACUUUGUAAAUGGCAUUGGAGCAUGUAAUGCUGACUUAGAGUGCAUUUGAAGAGUUAUUUGCUUUGAAAAAAAAAAAAAAGAUUAUCAGGAUUUUUCAAGAAAUCGUUAAAAAUCAUUUAACAAGGGCUAAGUAACCUAAUGGUGUAACAAUAUUUCGAAAAGCAUAUGCUAAUCUACUCUGGGAUAGUUUUGUUUUGUGGAAUAGUUAUUGUGUCCACAAGAGACUGAAAAGAAAAAAAAAAGGUCCAA